AUGAAGUGUGCUAAUACCAGACAAAGAAGAGUAGCUGCUGAUUUCUUAUAUGCAUACAGGUUGAACUUUGUUGCACUUCGAAACAAGAAUCUACUGAACAUCAAUCGAGAACCACGGUAUCCACUACCUCCUCUUGAUCCAACUCAACCCAUGAAAGAUGAAACUCCUGUUGUAGCCUUCCAUCCUACCAAAGUCACUUUCUGGAAGUACAAAUCAGUGGAAGCAUGCACUCUAUCCCUUGAAGAUAUUGUAACUCUUUCAUCUCGAGACAUCAACAAGGCGAUACUCAGAGUAAAGCUAUAUGAAGAAAGUGAGCAAAUGAAUUUAGAUGAUGCUCUUCAACUUAUUUUGGUUGAAUCUCUAGACUCUGUCAUGUACAAUGUUGUUGUUAAUUGUACAAAUGCGAAACAAAUUUGGGAUACACUAGAGAUCAUAAACGAAGGCUCAAAAGAGGUUAGAGAAAACAAGAAAGAGAUACUGAUGGCCAUAUUGGUCUACCGGAACAAGUUAGAUGGUGAUGGAAUUGUUGUGAGAAACAAAGCCAUACUGGUCGCAAAAGGUUAUUUCCAAGAGGAGGGAAUUGAUUACGAUGAAACCUAUGCUCUAGUUGCUCGUCUUGAAACCAUCAGUAUAUUUCUUGCAUUUGCUGCACACUCCAACUUCAAGGUUUAUCAAAUGGAUGUGAAAAGUGCAUUUCUGAAUAGAAAGCUUGAAGAAGAACUAUAUAUUGAACAGCCUCCUGGCUUUGAAAAUCCAGAAUUUGCUGACUUUGUUUACUUCUUAUUCAAAGCUGUCUAUGGACUCAAGCAGAGAUUUGCUAAGUUAAUGCAGAGUAAUUAUGAGAUGAGUAUGAUGGGUGAAUUGUCUUACUUUCUUGGUCUUCAUGUAAGCCAAAAGGAAGAUGGUAUUUUCAUUUGCCAAUCAAAAUAUGUUAGAGAUCUUCUGCGAAUGUACAAUCCAGAACACUCUUCACCGGCAAAGACACCCAUGGCCACUGCCACAAAGUUUGACCAGGAUAAAUCUAGUAAGAAAUUUGAUAUCACAAGAUAUCAUGUUUGCAACAUGUUUGUGUGUUGGGUUCCAAGCUGA